AUGCCUCCAAUGACCUUCAAUCUUCCAUUGAGGCUUUCCUCCUCCAACCCCUCGAGCAGCAUCACCAAUCAUCCCAGCUUCGCCUUCUGCUAUGCGGACAAGCCAGCAGCAUUGACUCACUUCCUUGAGAAGAAAUCUCCUCUUGCUCCUAAAGACCUCUUCGCCAACCAUGAAUUCAUGACCUAUAUCAUGUCCAAGGAGGAAGGACCGACUGUUCAGUAUGAGAACCUUCGUCCAGCACUCACUGCUCUGCGCCCAUGGUUGAGACUCUCACCAAACGGCCGCAAGCUCCUCAACUUCUACAAGGACUUCCUCCAGCUCCACGGUCAAUGGGUCAUGGCAGCAACCGAGCAAGCCUCCUAUGAGAUUCACAUUCAACUCACCAUCGCCGUGUAUCUGAAGCGAGGCCGCGAUCAGAAACUCCUUGCUCAAAUGGAGAAGGACCUGCCAGGCAUCACGGUCGCAAUCAUGAACCACCAGACGCCAUGCCCUCCCAACUUUGAGAAAUGCACCCAAGCCAAGAUCGCCGCCAUGAGCCAGAAGACCAACGAGCUCGUACGCCGCUUGACAGACCUCAAAAAAUCGAACGAGUUCAAGACUCAACACUCUCGUCUCCUCGCAACGAUGGCACUUGCCGAGAAGAAACUCGAGAAGAUGCGUUCUCAGCGCAAGAGCCGCGAAGCUGCCCAAGCCGCUCUCCGCCGCAGCAACGACUCUGACAAUGUCCGUCAACUUGGCACCACCGGCAUGGUCCGCCACCUCCCUCAUGUCGAGGAGUCGCUGCGAGAGUUCACCGAAGAGGAGAAGGACACUUAUUUCAACUUCAACGAGCCCGUCGCCAGUGUUGGUGCUACUGGUUGA